AUGUUCGACUAUCGUGCGCCAGAGCUGGCCAUCGACACACGAUCUGCGCUGGCCACCAAAGCUGGAGCUUUUGCGACCGCUUUCGAGUACACCGACGAACAGGCCACCACCCCCACAGCUGCAACCCGCCAUCGCGGUCGGGCCACCAGCGUCUUCCAGGAUCACGAUCGCUUGGAUACCUCACCCCUGAAGAAGAUGGCGACCGGAUAUGCUGUCAGCCCCGAGCCCCCGGCGCUGUUCGUCCGGGCCAUGUACGACUAUGACGCCGACGACCACACCAGUCUGAGCUUCCGUCGCGGCGACAUCAUUCAGGUACUAAACCAGCUGGAAACCGGGUGGUGGGAUGGAGUCAUCGAUAAUGUCCGCGGCUGGUUCCCGAGUAACUACUGCACAAUUAUUACGGAGGCGGACGACUUCGGCGAGCAAAUGAUGCACGGCCACGAUGAGGCAGACAUGAGUGCUGAAUCAGGACUCGAAGAUGAUUACGGAAAUGGCCAUGAGGAGGAAGAAGAGGAAGAAGAGCUUGACUCAGAAGGAAAUCCGCGCGACUCACAACCUAUCCUCCCGAUCGAGGGCAUCCCCGAGCCGAAAGAGCAGGAGGAGGCCGCUUUUUGGAUUCCACAGGCCACCCCCGACGGUCGCUUAUUUUACUUCAAUACGCUGACCGGAUAUUCGACGAUGGAACUACCAUUCGAGAACCCCACGGCAGCGAAUGAUAUGGGCCCUCGAGACCGGAAUAACUUCUUCGUUCCCGACCAGACUCGCCCGCCUCCUGAACUGAUGGCGCGCGGAUUUGAGCGGGAUGAGGAUGAGUAUGAUGGAUCGGCUUCAGAGGCAGAGGGAGAGUCGCUGAUGCUGACCUCACACGACUCCAUUUCGCGCCGGCGCCAGUCCUUUAUGGACGGGGUGUCACCAGCGACCUCGAUGGAUUCCCUGUAUCCUCCCGGACCCAAGGAUUUCAAGCCCUCCCCCAACAUGAGCAAGAGCCCGCAGGCGAAUUUCAGCAGCGGCGGAGCCACCAGUGUCAACACAUCGAUUGCGGAAAGCUACUCCCGCCCGUCCAUCUCAUCGGGAACGCCUCAGCACUUCGUGGAUGAUGGAUUUGUGCCCCUUAUAACAUGGCCACUUCUCGUGGACAAUAUGCGAUAUGCUGUUGAGACCUACCGCCAAACGCUACUUGCUGGCGAGCGAUCAGAGUACGUCCGACGCGCGGAGGACAUUUCCGACCAUCUGCGCAUGCUCUUGGCUGCCGGCUCUGACACGACCGACAACCACUCGGGCAACCCCUCGAUCAUUUCAACCAACAAGGCGUUGUACCCCUACUUCCGGGACAUGAUGUCGAAAUUCUCCAAGCUUGUUCUCUCCUCCCACAUUGCUGCUGCUGAUUGGCCGGGUUCUGAUUCGGUCAAUAAAUGUAUGCAAGAAGCCGAUGGCGUCAUGCAAGGAGUGUAUGGAUAUGUGGAUGUCGCACGGCAGCAACGCGGGGAAAGCAUCCACCGUAUUGUCCCUGGCUUCGUGAGUGGUAGCUCGUGUGGUGGCAGCUGGCAGAACAACGGCGUCUCCUUGGACGCUUCGGGUCCGACCUCGUUCCUCGUCCCGGAAGGCAGCGAUUCGCGAACUGAACCCUCCGUAUCCCUCGAUGCCACCCUCCUCGACCAGAUCGACAUUCUGCGGAGAUCUUUCGUUGGCAGUAUUCGCAGAUUGGAAGAGCGUUUAUCUGUCAACCAGAAGAUUGUGACUGUGAUCGAACACGAGGAGAUCUCAGACGCCGUGGCAGAAGCCGCGAUCAAGGUUGUGGAGCAGUUCCGCCCAUGGAUCUCCACCGUCGAGUCGAUCAACCUGGUGCCACUCGGAACAAGUUUCCAGAACCCCCAGCUCGUGGAUUUCAGCCUCCAAAAACAACGAGUCUACGAUGGCAUCGGUGAUUUUGUGUUGAGUUGCCAGGCAGUCUCUGCUCCUCUCGCUGACGAGUGGGCAGAACUUCGCGGUGAUUCUCUCGAUGACCGAAUCACCGCUGUGCGCAGCGUGGCCAAGCAGCUCGAGAACUAUGUCUCGCAGAUCGGGUUUUCUCUCUCGCUGCUUCUUGAGCAAAUUCCAGAGGAGCCUAAUGCCCCUCUCCGAAGCGAAAGCCGCUUAGAUGAAGAGGACGAGUCCAUCAAGGGCUCUCAUGGCCGAUCUGAAUCCCAAGCAAAGAUUGCCAACGAAUCUAUUGGCAUUCCAUCGUCAUAUGCACUGGGUAAGGGAAAUGACAAGGUGCGCCGUAAUAUGGAUAAGGCCCAGAGAUUCUUUGGCCAGGCACCACCGAAAGCCAUUACCCGAGAGCCCGUACGUGAGCCCGUCAAGGAGCCGGAAGAGACCCCGUGGUUCUUGAAGAUGGAUCACGAGGGUGAAGUGUUCUACGAUACCAAGGGAGAUGUUCCUAUCCUGAAAUGUGGAACACUGGCUGGACUGGUUGAACAUCUCACACGCCAUGACAAGCUCGACGCGUCGUUUAACAAUACUUUCCUUCUCACCUAUCGAUCGUUCACCUCUGCGUCCGAGCUUUUUGAGAUGCUUGUUCAGCGCUUCAAUAUUCAGCCACCAUUUGGCUUGAACUCCGAGGACAUGCAAAUGUGGAUCGAUCGAAAGCAGAAGCCCAUUCGCUUCCGAGUGGUCAAUAUUCUGAAGAGCUGGUUUGACCAGUUCUGGAUGGAGCCCAAUGACGAAGUAAACAUGGAUCUGAUGCGACGAGUUCAUGAUUUCACCAAGGAUUCUAUCGCAACUACGAAGACACCCGGAGCUCCUGCCUUGAUCGCCGUGCUUGAACAGCGUCUCCGUGGCCAAGAUACAACCAACAAACGUCUCGUGCCCACUCAGAACACGGCUGCCCCGACGCCGAUCAUUCCCAAGAACAUGAAGAAGCUCAAGUUCCUGGAUAUUGAUCCGACAGAGUUUGCUCGACAGCUGACGAUCAUUGAGUCACGUCUUUACUCUAAGAUUAGACCAACCGAGUGUCUGAACAAGACCUGGCAAAAGAAGGUUGGCCCUGGCGAACCAGAGCCAGCUUCUAAUGUCAAAGCCUUGAUCCUGCACUCCAACCAGUUGACUAACUGGGUCGCCGAAAUGAUCUUGAUGCAAGGUGACGUCAAGAAGCGCGUGGUUGUAAUCAAACACUUUGUGAAUGUUGCCGAUAAAUGCCGCGCGCUCAACAAUUACUCGACUUUGACAUCGAUUAUUUCCGCCUUGGGCACUGCGCCCAUCCAUCGGCUGGGCCGCACGUGGGGCCAAGUCAGCGGCCGCACUUCUGCAAUCUUGGAGCAGAUGCGUCGACUCAUGGCCAGUACCAAGAACUUUGGUGAAUAUCGGGAGACUUUGCAUUUGGCCAACCCCCCUUGUAUUCCUUUCUUCGGUGUCUAUCUUACGGACUUGACUUUCAUCGAGGAUGGAAUCCCUUCAUUGACGCCAUCCGAACUCAUCAACUUCAACAAACGGGCCAAGACCGCCGAAGUCAUUCGGGACAUCCAACAAUACCAGAACGUCCCGUAUCUCCUUUCACCUGUCCCCGAGCUCCAGGAUUAUAUCCUUAGUAAUCUACAAGCCGCGGGCGAUGUGCACGACAUGUAUGACCGGAGUCUCGAGAUCGAACCCCGCGAGCGUGAAGACGAAAAGAUUGCAAGGUACGCUGAAACCACAAGCAGAGACAAAGGCUCCUUGCUUUUUGCAAGCACCGUCGCAAUCCUGCGAUGA